AUGAUAAAGUCAACGAUCAAAGGUGCCAAACUCCAUUCCAGUGGUGACCUCAACUUGAUGUUGCGGUACAACGCCACUCAAAUGUUCAUUCAAUCAUUCAACAACAUUAUCGAAGUAUCUGACAUACACUUUACCAUCAACUCCGAGUUGUUGUGGAAGGCAAUGCAAUACAACAACACAACCGCGUUCAAACACUUAUGCUUCAAUACUACGCGCAUGGUACUUGACCAACCCCCAAUUGACUUUGACCUGUCAUCAGCCUUAAUCAAACAUGGAAACAUCGAAAUCUUCAAUUUGUACAUGAUGGCAACGAACAUUGGACAGAGACCUGAUCAACAUACCCAUGCUCAUGGACACUGGCAACGAAGAGAGGGCAGUUGUAAAUGUUGUUAUAUCACCAUCCCAACUGGGUCAGCAGUCGUGGCUUCAGUAUCGGCAUUCUCAGAUUGA